AUGACGGAACUCGCACCAGAACCUCAGGAUCUCUCCAAUGUUCCUCUCACUCCAGCUCUCCCCCAAGAUGGAUCCGCUGCGGGCCCACCAGAUGACUUGAGAGAUCAGCUUACAGUCUUCCAUUCACCGGAGAACUUUACCGUUAAGCAUCCUUUGAUGAACAAGUGGACUUUGUGGUUCACCAAGCCUCCAAGUGGUGGUGUAAAGAGUGAUAACCAGUGGGCCGAUUCUCUCAAGGAAGUCGUUUCCUUCGACUCUGUUGAAGAGUUCUGGGGGAUAUAUAACAAUAUCACAAAAACCUCGGAACUUGCUCUAAAGUCGGACUACCAUCUCUUCAAAGCUGGCAUCCGACCUGAAUGGGAAGACCCCUCCAAUAAGAAUGGCGGGAAAUGGGCCUACCAGUUCAAAGACAAGAAGACCGUCCCAAUUGACGAGCUCUGGCUUCAUACCAUGUUGGCUGCCAUCGGCGAAACCCUUGAGAAAGAAAACGACCGCGAGGUUAUGGGCGUUGUCGUCAAUGUCCGUAAGGGCCUUUAUCGAAUAGGCUUGUGGACUAGGUCUAUGGGCACAGCCACCGAAGGAAGAACCGGCAAGGAAGUCCGUGAAUCGCUCUUGGAGAUCGGCCGAAGGUUCAAGGAAGUGUUGCGACUUGGCGAACGCGAGCAAGUUGAGUUCUCUGGUCAUAGUGAGAGCGCUCAUGCUGGUAGCUCUCGCGCGAAGCCAAAGUUUGUCGUAUAA